ACCAUGCCCAGCUAAUUUUUUUGUAUUUUCCGUAGAGACUGGGUUUCACCGUGUUAGCCAGGAUGGUCUUGAUCUCCUGACCUCGUGAUCUACCUGCCUCGGCCUCCCAAAGUGCUGGGAUUACAGACGUGAGCCACCUCGCCCAGCCUUUUCAUGGCUGAGUGAUAUUCCAUUGUGUGGAUGGAUCACACUAGCUACUCUGACCCAUGGAUCCCCUGGGCCCAGCCAAGCCACAGUGGCUGUGGCGCCGCUGUCUGGCCGGGCUGCUGUUUCAGCUGCUGGUGGCUGUGUGUUUCUUCUCCUACCUGCGUGUGUCCCAAGACCAUGCCACUGGAUCCCCUAGGCCAGGGCUUAUGGCAGUGGAACCUGUCACCAGGGCUCCCAAUGGGUCCCGCUGCCAGGACAGCGCGGCGACCCCUGCCCACCCCACCCUCCUGAUCCUGCUGUGGACGUGGCCUUUUAACACACCCGUGGCUCUGCCCCGCUGUUCAGAGAUGGUGCCCGGCGCGGCCGACUGCAACAUCACUGCCAACUCCAAUGUGUACCCACAGGCAGAUGCGGUCAUCGUGCACCACUGGGAUAUCAUGUACAACCCCAGUGCCAACCUCCCGCCCCCCACCAGGCCGCAGGGGCAGCGCUGGAUCUGGUUCAGCAUGGAGUCCCCCAGCAACUGCCGGCACCUGGAAGCCCUGGACGGAUACUUCAAUCUCACCAUGUCCUACCGCAGUGACUCCGACAUCUUCACGCCCUACGGCUGGCUGGAGCCGUGGUCCGGCCAGCCUGCCCACCCGCCGCUCAACCUCUCGGCCAAGACCGAGCUGGUGGCCUGGGCGGUGUCCAACUGGAAGCCGGACUCGGCCAGGGUGCGCUACUACCAGAGCCUGAAGGCUCAUCUCAAGGUGGACGUGUAUGGACACUCCCACAAGCCCCUGCCCAAGGGGACCAUGAUGGAGACGCUGUCCCGGUACAAGUUCUAUCUGGCCUUCGAGAACUCCUUGCACCCCGACUACAUCACCGAGAAGCUGUGGAGGAACGCCCUGGAGGCCUGGGCCGUGCCCGUGGUGCUGGGCCCCAGCAGAGGCAACUACGAGAGGUUCCUGCCGCCCGACGCCUUCAUCCACGUGGACGACUUCCAGAGCCCCAAGGACCUGGCCCGGUACCUGCAGGAGCUGGACAAGGACCACGCCCGCUACCUGAGCUACUUUCGCUGGCGGGAGACGCUGCGGCCUCGCUCCUUCAGCUGGGCACUGGAUUUCUGCAAGGCCUGCUGGAAGCUGCAGCAGGAAUCCAGAACUCCUACGGGGCUUCAGCUCCCAGCUCAAACCUCCAGGAAGCCCAGACCACGUGACAGCCACCUUCAUAUUCUGCAAAUAUUGUGUCACGCACGUCGGUGUGAAGAAAGUCACCAAACAGGCUUUGUGUGAGCAAUAAAGCUUUUUAAUCACCUGGGUGCAGGCGGGCUGAGUCCAAAAAGAGAGUUAGCAAAGGGUGGUGGGAUUAUCAUUAGUUCUUAUAGGGUUGGGAUAGGCGGUGGAGUUAGGAGGAAUUUUUUGCGGGCAGGGGGUGGAUCUUACGAAGUACAUUCUCAUGGGCGCGGAGAAUAUUACAAAGUACCUUCUUAAGGGCAGGGGGAGGAUAUUACAAAGUACCUUCUCAAGGGCAGGGAGGGUGUAUUGUCACAAAGUCAAUUGAUCAAUUAGGGUGAGGCAGGAACCAAUCACAAUGGUGGGAUGUCAUCAGUUAAGGCAGGAACUGGCUAUUUUCACUUCUUUUGUGGAAAAAUACUGGCCCUCUGGAGCGGGGGCUGGAAUAUUGGUGGGUGUGGACGCAUUGGCUAUUUCUUUUGCUGUCCUGUCGACAUAGGUGUGGGGAAAAGCAAGAGAGAUCAGAUUGUCACUGUGUCUGUGUAGAAAGUAGUAGACAUGGGAGACUCCAUUUUGUUAUGUACUAAGAAAAAUUCUUCUGCCUUGAGAUUCUGUGACCUUACCCCCAACCCCGUGCUCUCUGAAACAUGUGCUGUGUCAAACUCAGGGUUAAAUGGAUUAAGGGCGGUGCAAGAUGUGCUUUGUUAAACAGAUGCUUGAAGGCAGCACGCUCCUUAAGAGUCAUCACCACUCCCUAAUCUCAAGUACCCAGGGACACAAAAACUGCGGAAGGCGGCAGGGCCCUCUGCCUAGGAAAGCCAGGUAUUGUCCAAGGUUUCUCCCCAUGUGAUAGUCUGAAAUACGGCCUCGUGGGAAGGGAAAGACCUGACCGUCCCCCAGCCCGACACCCGUAAAGGGUCUGUGCUGAGGAGGAUUAGUAUAAGAGGAAGGCAUGCCUCUUGCAGUUGAGACAAGAGGAAGGCAUCUGUCUCCUGCCCGUCCCUGGGCAAUGGAAUGUCUCGGUAUAAAACCCGAUUGUACGUUCCAUCUACUGAGAUAGGGAAAAACCGCCUUAGGGCUGGAGGUGGGACAUGCCGGCAGCAAUACUGCUUUGUAAAGCAUUGAGAUGUUUAUGUGUAUGCAUAUCUAAAAGCACAGCACUUAAUCCUUUACCUUGUCUAUGAUGCGAAGACCUUUGUUCACGUGUUUGUCUGCUGACCCUCUCCCCACUAUUGUCUUGUGACCCUGACACAUCCCCCUCUCGGAGAAACACCCACGAAUGAUCAAUAAAUACUAAGGGAACUCAGAGGCUGGUGGGAUCCUCCAUAUGCUGAACGCUGGUUCCCUGGGUCCCCUUAUUUCUUUCUCCAUACUUUGUCUCUGUGUCUUUUUCUUUCCUAAGUCUCUCGUUCCACCUUACGAGAAACACCCACAGGUGUGGAGGGGCA